ACCAAAUUUCAACAAAAUCGGUGAGGAACCACCCUUCAGAAAGUUAAAUAUGACAAAUGGCUGGAUGAAAGCUUGGAUACAACAUUGGAAUUAUAAGAAUAAAUUAAUUUUACCCUAUUAAUUUAGGAUUUUUGACUAUUAUACAUCAUUAUAACCACAAUUUCAUUAUAGACGGAGGCGUUAUAACCCGCAUACACUGUAUAAAUAGUAACCUGAGGAAAUAUGUUAUAAUUGGUUUAUAUAUUUAUUUCUUGUAGUAAAUUAAAAAAAAUAUAUUUUAAUUGAUUUAGAUUCGCCUGAUGAUAGUAGAGGAAUGUCGCCGUGUCAUAGCGCCAACCAAACAUUAGGGAGAAGAAGUUCAUAUAAAACGUCCAGAGACCCGUCGCCUGCUCAAGUCCGCGGCAGGCCUAAGUAUUCGACUUAUCAAAACUUUAAAGGGCGCAAGUCCAACUCUAUGAUGAAUUUGUACGGUUCGAGUACCGAUCAAGAUAGUUUAGCGUAUCGUUACGGCGACACUGAUUCGGGUUUGGGAAGGGCUACGCCGCCACGUCGAGCACCAUCACCUGGAAUGGGGCCCAUGCGGCAUUUACCGUCGCCUUCAGGUCCAGGUAGUUUACCUGGAUUAAUGUCAAAGCGACGAAUUUUCGAUGACGGAUCCAGCGAUAUCAGUUCUUCUAGUAGUAUGAUGGAUUAUACAGGUCCAAGAUUGUAUAAGCAGCCGGCUACAAAAUCGAAUCGUGGGAUAAUGUUGAACGCCGUCGAAUAUUGUGUUUUCCCGGGAGUUGUUAAUAAAGAGGCGAAACAAAAAGUGUUGGAGGAGAUUGCGCGAUCGGAAAGCAAGCACUUUUUGAUUUUGUUUAGAGAUACGGGAUGCCAAUUUAGAGCACUUUACUCCUACUGUCCGGAUAGAGAGGAAGUUUUGAAAUUAUAUGGAACUGGUCCAAAACAAGUCAACGAUAGGAUGUUCGAUAAAUUUUUUAAAUACAACUCAGGUGGUAAAUGUUUCUCUCAAGUACACACCAAGCACCUGACGGUGACGAUCGACGCUUUCACGAUACACAAUUCUCUGUGGCAAGGGAAAAAAGUGAAUUUACCCAAUAAAAAGGAUAUGGCAUUGGUCAUUUAGGUUUUGAUUUGGUUGCGUCGCAAUCUCUUAGCGGCUAUUUAUUUAAAAAAGCGAAAAAAGGAGAAAAACGAUUUAACAAGAAGAAGCGAUUUUUGCCCAUUAUAAUUUUUCAAUUUAUUUUGACCCCAAGUUAACAUUAACUGCUUUAUUACCAUUGCAUACUAUACUGUAAUUUUUAACGUGAUCUUUUAUAAAGAAAAAAAUGAUUGAAAAACCAAGCGUACUCACACAAUCUUCUCGAAUUACAAAAACUAAAAAAGAAAAUAGUUUAAAAAUUAAUUAACCCCCUAAAAGUCAUUUUUUAUCAAUGCCAAUGACACUGCAUCUGAUUGUGAGAUAUAUUAGAAUUUUUAUUAAGAAAAA